AUGGCGCCCAUGUACGUGGUGAAGCGGGACGGCCAGAGCCAGGAGGUGAAGUUUGAUGCUAUCACCCGACGCAUCAAGACUCUUUGCGAAGGUUUGGAUCCCCGUUUCGUUGACCCCGUGCCCGUGACACAGAAGGUGGUCGAGGGCUUCUACAACGGCAUCUCCACGUCGGAGGUGGACACCCUGGCGGCCGAGACGUGCGCGUACAUGUCGCAGAAGCACCCGGACUUCUCUACCCUGGCAGCGCGGAUCGCGGUAUCAAACCUGCACAAGAACACCUCGGACUCGUUCUACGAGACGUGCAAGGUCCUGCACAACUAUGUGGACAAGCAGGGCAGGCCCGCGGCUCUCUUGGCUGAGGAUGUUUGGGAGUUCGUCCAGGCCAACGCGGAGGCCCUCGACCAGGCCAUCGAUUACAAGAGAGAUCUGGGCUACGACUACUUUGGAUUCAAAACUCUGGAGAAGUCCUACCUCCUGCGCGUUCAUGGAAAGAUCGUGGAGAGGCCGCAGCACAUGAUCAUGCGGGCAGCCUGCGGUAUCCACACGGGGGACAUCCGUGCUGCACUGGAGACGUACGACCUGAUGUCCCGGAAGUUCUUCACACACGCGACCCCGACCCUCUUCAAUGCCGGAACGCCCCAGCCGCAGAUGUCCUCGUGUUUCCUGCUGAAGAUGCAAGACGACAGCAUCGAAGGCAUCUACGACACGCUGAAGCAGUGUGCUUCCAUCUCCAAGUCAGCAGGUGGGAUCGGCGUGGCUAUCUCAAAUGUGCGCGCCAGCGGCUCCUACAUCAGAGGCACCAACGGCCACAGCAACGGCCUUGUGCCCAUGCUCCGCAACUUCAACGAGACGGCUCGAUAUGUGGACCAGGGCGGGGGCAAGAGGAAGGGAUCUUUUGCGAUGUACCUGGAGCCCUGGCAUGCGGAUGUCUUCGACUUCCUGGAGCUUCGGAAGAACCACGGCAAGGAGGAGCAGCGUGCCCGAGAUCUCUUCUACGGGCUCUGGAUCCCCGAUCUCUUCAUGCAGCGGGUGAAGGACAAUCAAGACUGGACGCUGUUCUGCCCGAACGAGGCCUACGAUGAGGACACGGGCAAGGGGCUGAUGGAUGUGUGGGGCGACGAGUUCGACGAGCUGUAUGCUCGGCUUGAAACCCAAGGCAAGGGCCGCAAGACGGUGAAGGCGCAGCAGCUCUGGUUCCGAAUCCUCGAGUCUCAGAUGGAGACCGGGACGCCUUACAUGCUGUACAAGGACCAUGCGAACCGCAAGUCCAACCAGCAGAACCUCGGCACGAUCCACUGCUCCAACUUGUGUACAGAGAUCAUUGAGUACACCUCGAAGGAUGAGGUGGCAGUGUGCAACCUUGCCUCCAUCUCCUUGCCAGCCUUUGCCAGCGCCGAGGGCACAUAUGACUUCCAGCAGCUUUAUGAGGUGACCAAGGUGGUGACGCGGAACCUGAAUAAAGUCAUCGACCGGAACUACUACCCGGUACCAGAGGCUCGCAAGUCCAAUCUCCGCCAUAGGCCCGUGGGCUUGGGAGUGCAGGGCCUGGCAGACGCCUUCCUGAUCAUGAAGCUGCCCUUCGAGGGCGAGGAGGCAAGGCGCCUGAACGAGGACAUCUUCGAAACAAUCUACUUUGCGGCCUGUGAGGCCUCCUGUGAACUUGCAGAGACCUGCGGCCCAUAUGAGACCUAUGCAGGCAGCCCUGCGAGCAAAGGUCUCCUGCAGUACGAUCUCUGGGACCGGCAGCCACGCAGCGGACGCUGGGACUGGGCCGGCCUGAAGACACGCAUCACCCGUUUCGGGCUGCGGAACUCCCUGCUCGUGGCACCCAUGCCGACGGCCAGCACAGCCCAGAUCCUUGGCAACAACGAGUCCUUCGAGCCCUACACUCAGAACCUCUACGUGCGCCGAGUGCUCUCAGGAGAGUUCGUGCAGGUGAACCGGCACCUGCUUAAGGAUCUCAUCCUGCGGGGCUUGUGGAACGAGGAACUCCGCGUGCAGCUGGUCGCGCACAACGGCAGCGUGCAGAAGAUGGACCUGCCCCAGGACCUCAAGGAGUUGUACAAGACGGUUUGGGAGAUCAGGCAGAAGGUCGUCCUGGACAUGGCCGGCGACCGCGGCGCCUACAUCGACCAGUCGCAGUCACUGAACAUCCACAUGACGGAUGUGACCACCGCCAAACUGUCCUCCAUGCAUUUCCAUGGCUGGCAGCUGGGAUUGAAGACGGGCCUCUACUACCUGCGCACAAAGGCAGCCGCAGAUGCCAUCAAGUUCACCGUGGAUGUUCAGAAGCUAACGAAAACUGCCAAGGCAGGAAAGUGCUUGGCCUCUGACUCUGAUGCCUCCACGGCUACAUCUUCGGCGAAGGGCCUGGAGGCCUCCGCAAUCGAAGCGCUCAAAGCCGAGGGCCCGAAGUACAGCUGCGUGAACUGCAGAGCAGUGGGCAUCUUGAGGCCACUGGCGGGAGUGUCCAUGGCGCCCAUGUACGUGGUGAAGCGGGACGGUCAAAGCCAGGAGGUGAAGUUUGACGCCAUCACCCGACGCAUCAAGACGCUUUGCGAAGGCUUGGAUCCCCGUUUCGUUGACCCCGUGCCCGUGACACAGAAGGUGGUCGAGGGCUUCUACAACGGCAUCUCCACGUCGGAGGUGGACACCCUGGCGGCCGAGACGUGCGCGUACAUGUCGCAGAAGCACCCGGACUUCUCUACCCUGGCAGCGCGGAUCGCGGUAUCAAACCUGCACAAGAACACCUCGGACUCUUUCUACGAGACGUGCAAGGUCCUGCACAACUACGUGGACAAGCAGGGCAGGCCCGCGGCUCUCUUGGCUGAGGACGUCUGGCAGUUCGUCCAGGCCAACGCGGAGGCCCUCGACCAGGCCAUCGAUUACAAGAGAGAUCUGGGCUACGACUACUUUGGAUUCAAAACUCUGGAGAAGUCCUACCUCCUGCGCGUUCAUGGGAAGAUCGUGGAGAGGCCGCAGCACAUGAUCAUGCGGGCAGCCUGCGGUAUCCACACGGGGGACAUCCGUGCUGCCCUAGAGUACGACCUGAUGUCCCGGAAGUUCUUCACGCACGCGACCCCGACCCUCUUCAAUGCCGGAACGCCCCAGCCGCAGAUGUCCUCUUGCUUUCUGCUAAAGAUGCAAGACGACAGCAUCGAAGGCAUCUACGACACGCUGAAGCAGUGCGCCUCCAUCUCCAAGUCUGCCGGUGGGAUCGGCGUGGCUAUCUCAAACGUGCGCGCCAGCGGCUCCUACAUCAGGGGCACCAACGGCCACAGCAACGGCCUUGUGCCCAUGCUCCGCAACUUCAAUGAGACAGCGAGGUACGUGGACCAGGGCGGGGGCAAGAGGAAGGGAUCUUUUGCCAUGUACCUGGAGCCCUGGCAUGCGGAUGUCUUCGACUUCCUGGAGCUUCGGAAGAACCACGGCAAGGAGGAGCAGCGUGCCCGAGAUCUCUUCUACGGGCUCUGGAUCCCCGAUCUCUUCAUGAAGCGGGUGAAGGACAAUCAAGACUGGACGCUGUUCUGCCCGAACGAGGCCUACGAUGAGGAGACGGGCAAGGGGCUGAUGGAUGUUUGGGGCGACGAGUUCGACGAGCUGUAUGCUCGGCUGGAAACCCAAGGCAAGGGCCGCAAGACGGUGAAGGCGCAGCAGCUCUGGUUCCGAAUCCUCGAGUCCCAGAUGGAGACUGGGACGCCUUACAUGCUGUACAAGGACCAUGCGAACCGCAAGUCCAACCAGCAGAACCUCGGCACCAUCCACUGCUCCAACUUGUGUACAGAGAUCAUUGAGUACACCUCGAAGGAUGAGGUGGCAGUGUGCAACCUUGCCUCCAUCUCCUUGCCAGCCUUUGCCAGCGCCGAGGGCACUUAUGACUUCCAGCAGCUUUAUGAGGUGACCAAGGUGGUGACGCGGAACCUGAACAAAGUCAUCGACCGGAACUACUACCCGGUACCAGAGGCUCGCAAGUCCAAUCUCCGCCAUAGGCCCGUGGGCUUGGGAGUGCAGGGCCUGGCAGACGCCUUCCUGAUCAUGAAGCUGCCCUUCGAGGGCGAGGAGGCAAGGCGCCUGAACGAGGACAUCUUCGAAACAAUCUACUUUGCGGCCUGUGAGGCCUCCUGUGAACUUGCAGAGACCUGCGGCCCAUAUGAGACCUAUGCAGGCAGCCCUGCGAGCAAAGGUCUCCUGCAGUACGAUCUCUGGGACCGGCAGCCACGCAGCGGACGCUGGGACUGGGCCGGCCUGAAGACACGCAUCACCCGUUUCGGGCUGCGGAACUCCCUGCUCGUGGCACCCAUGCCGACGGCCAGCACAGCCCAGAUCCUUGGCAACAACGAGUCCUUCGAGCCCUACACUCAGAACCUCUACGUGCGCCGAGUGCUCUCAGGAGAGUUCGUGCAGGUGAACCGGCACCUGCUUAAGGAUCUCAUCCAGCGCGGCUUGUGGAACGAGGAACUCCGCGUGCAGCUGGUCGCGCACAACGGCAGCGUGCAGAAGAUGGACCUGCCCCAGGACCUCAAGGAGUUGUACAAGACGGUUUGGGAGAUCAGGCAGAAGGUCGUCCUGGAUAUGGCCGGCGACCGCGGCGCCUACAUCGACCAGUCGCAGUCACUGAACAUCCACAUGACGGAUGUGACCACCGCCAAACUGUCCUCCAUGCAUUUCCAUGGCUGGCAGCUGGGAUUGAAGAUGGGCCUCUACUACCUCCGCACAAAGGCGGCCGCAGAUGCCAUCAAGUUCACCGUGGAUGUUCAGAAGCUGACCAAGACCGCCAGGCCCGAGAAGUCCUUGGCCUCUGACUCCGACGCCUCGACAGCGGCGUCUGUCACGAAAGGCUUGGAGGCCUCUGCAAUCGAAGCGCUCAAAGCUGAAGGGCCAAAGUACAGCUGCGUGAACUGCAGCGCCUAA